AUGGCUGAGGAAGAGGUAGACUGGGGUAUGGACGAGUCGGUGGAUGUUUGGAGACAGGGCGGAGGCGUCGCAGUCGGAGAAAAUGAGGACGAGAUCAGUCUGGACGGGAUGGAAGGGGAGAGUGAUGCACCCAAGCCAAAUUCCGCAAAAACUACCAACUCACCCCGAGCUUCCAUCAGUCGCGCCCCGCCCACCGGACCUCGCCAAUCCCUUCGUCGUGAUACUUCCGACAGCGGAGCUGGAGCCACACCGCCCACUGGGCCGAAACGUGCCGAUUCGCGCCGGCGCGGCGGUCGAGGGCGGCUACCUGCGCAGGAGCGAGCAAAUCCCAACAUCGGCUCAAGCGAUAACGGGUAUGGUGACAGGCCAACUCGUGGAUCUCGGAUGAGGGGAGGGGGAGCUGUUGAACCUGCUCAAGAGACUCAGGAACAUGUCGAGGAAGUGAUCAACCCCGAGCCGAUCCCUACCGAUGAGCCACUUCCGGAAGGCUGGGCCGAGGUCGUUUCUCGCAGCCAGGGCUUGACUUUUUAUCACAACAAAGCUACAGGCGAGACGAGCUGGGUCCGACCUCGUAUUGACCCGCCAGUGGAAGAGGUUGUCAGCGACCGACCCAUCACGCCGCCGCCUACCGCCCCGAAAGCCUCAUCGAAUGGAACGGCUGGCCGAGCCAUCGCAUCCGCCUCCAAAGCCGACCAACCGACUAGCACCCGGCAGCCUCCAUCCGGUCCCGGCAGUGCUCGCUACCCAGAGACAGACCGAGCCGCGUCUGUAUCGGUCUCGGCACCCGCUUCCGAGAAGAAGGCUGAGCCCGUUCGCGAUCCGGUCCAAUCAGCGUACGCCAGCAGGAAGAAGAUUCAGGCGGGUCGGGAACCCGCGCGUGCGCCCUCAGUGGCGGCAGGGGAAGAUCGAGGAGUCAAGCGGAGCAUGUCGCCUAGGCGGGAAGAAACGAAACGGAGUAGAGUGGAGAAUAAUGGCCCUGGACGACCAGAGCCAGCUGCAGCUCGAAACAACGAUCGCGAUUCGCAAGCUCCACCUCCGGCUGGACCCCGCUCAUUCGCCGGUGAAAAUCGCGCGGCUCGGUCACCCUCUCGCGUCAAAGUCGAAGAUGAUCGAUCUCGAGCGGAGAGCUGGGACGUUGUCCGGGAAGAUCGUACUCCAGCUGCCAAACCCGCUGCUCCGCCCCAUAUUGCGAGGGGAAGCAAUACCGCUCCACUCGCUAUCAACCGCUGGGGAUCACGUGCGGCGUCCGCUGCCUUGGGCAACACUCCUGCGGCUUCAGCCGAGGUUUCCGAGCCUGUCAGGCGCGACUCCAUCCCACCAGCUCCCGCGGCGGAUCUGCCUCCGGUCGUCCCCGCUCGCUCCGUUCCACUUUCAGAUAUUACAGCUCGUCGAGCGCAACUACGGGAGGAGGCGCGACAGGCGGAAGAGACCCUGCGUAGGAUCAAAGAGGAAGAGGACAAGCUCGAUCGGGAGGAAGAGGACGAGCGCAGGCGUGUCGCAGAGGAGGAGACUGAGCGGAAACGCAAGGAGGACGAGCGAGUGAGGGAAGAGGAGGCACGGAAGCGCAGAGAGGAAGACCGGCGCAGGGAGGAUGAGCGGAGAAGGGUCGCUUCUCCACCGAGACCGCUAUACGAUGAUGAUCGGAGCUAUCGCCCCGCCGCUUCCCCACCUCCGCCUCGCGGUCCACCACCAGCCAACAGGCUGGACGGUCCCGGCCCGCCCGCUGGCUUGCGGGAUGUCCGCCGUGCCCGACCCGACUCGCCCUCCCGCACCGCCCGCCAACCUUCCCCUGGCCCCUUUUCGCGAACCCGUGAUCGCAGCCGAAGUCGAAGUCGCGAGCGCCCAGCUGGACGGUACGCUGCCCGCAAUUCCAGUCCGUCGAGGAGGAAUGGAGACUCGUACUAUCCCGACGCGGAACGUUCCGAUGACCGAGACCGCCGAGCCCCGGCUGUUCCCCUCGCAGAUCGUAUUGGACGACCCAGUCGAGCGGCAGAGACUUUCCCAGAGCCAAUGCGCGCCCGUCAGAGGUCUGGAUCCCGAGGUGAUGCACGCCGUGAUGCCGCGCCCGCCACUGGUGGCUAUCGACCCCUUGCCGAGCGCAUGUCAAGGGAUGGAAGGGACGUCAGGGACUCACGGUCACCAUGGGGCGCGAGGGGGCGCUGA